AUGGCAUGGUAUCAAAAAGUUCUAACAUUAUCACCAAAAAAACGUGGUUUUCAUUUAGUAACAAAUGAAAUUUUACAACAAGUACCUGAAAUAAAACAAAUUGAAAUUGGUUUAAUGAAUAUAUUUAUUCAACAUACAAGUGCAUCAUUAUCUAUAAAUGAAAAUGCUGCACCUGAUGUACGUGUUGAUAUGGAAACAAUAUUUAAUAAACUUGUACCAGAAGAUAAUUCAUAUGAACAUUUAGAUGAAGGUAAAGAUGAUAUGCCAGCACAUGCAAAAUGUUCAUUACUUGGUGCAUCAAUUAAUAUUCCUAUUACAUCAGGACAUUUAGCUUUUGGUACUUGGCAAGGAAUAUAUUUAUGUGAACAUAGAAAUCGUGCUAGAAGUCGAAAUAUUGUUGUAACAAUUAAUGGACAACCGAAAAAAUGA